CAGCGUUGCAGAUUGUUUUGGUUGCUCUCAGGCAGGGUUCUUCCUCCCGGAUCAGGACCCCAACGUGGUUUUGUUCAUCAUCAGGUCCAAAGGAGCCCACAGUGAGAGGAAGGGGGCAUGCACAGAGCUCCAGGGACAGCUCCGGCAGACCGAUGGAGGACUCGGACCGAACCAGGGACCAGGACCCUGACCCCACUUGGGGUUUCCACCAAUCCUUCCUAAAACCGUCUGCGCGUCUCUGCCUCGACUCUUUGGAUUUCUCAGACCUCUGGGACGAGGAAGACGGUGCGGAGGACGAGGACGAGGCGAGCGAAUCGUCGGCGUGCCCCCGAGCCCCUCCGGCGGCCCCUCCUCUCCCUCCGCCUCCCCCGCUCGCCCCACCUUUGCCCUCGGCCUCCCGCCAGGGCGCCACCGCCGGGCGCCGCACCCUGAGGCUCCACUGGAGGGAGCUGCAGAGCGUAGCUCCUCUUCCCAGGACGACGCGCUUCGGGAACCGGACGAUUUGGGCCGGGCUGGAGCCGGUCCGCUUGGACACGGACCGGCUGGAGUACCUGUUUGAAUCCAAGGGCGGCGGCGGCGGCUUCAAGGUGGCUUCUGGGAGGCAGAAGCAGCCGUCGGUGUCGGUGUUGGCGAUGAAGCGCAGUAACAUCAUCACCAUCGCCCUGAGCCGCCUGCCCCCUCCCCGCCUCCUCCCCCCGGCCAUCUACAGCAUGGACGGCAGCGUGCUGGACAGAGAGGACGUUCAGAGGCUCACAGCGCUCGUCCCAACGGAAGAGGAACUGCGUCGGAUCAAGGAGGCCCGGGCCCGGGACCCCCACUCCCCUCUGGCCCCCGCCGAGCUCUGCCUGCUCACUUUGGGGGAAAUCCCACACCUGACCUCCAGGCUUCAGCUGUGGGCCUUCGCUCUGGACUACGACUCCUUGGAGAGGGAAGUGGCGGAGCCUCUCUUCCACCUGAAGCUGGCCAUGGAGCAGCUGGCGGCCAGCCGCACCUUCAGGUGUCUUCUCGCGACCGUGCUGGCGAUCGGCAACUUUCUCAACGGGCGCAAGGCCCGGGGCUUUGAGCUGAGUUACCUGGGGGAGCUGUCCCAGGUGAGGGACACGCACGCUCGCCAGCCGCUGCUGCUGCACGUCUGCGUGCUGCUGCUGCAGCUCUACCCGCAGUCCACCGACCUCCACUCCGACAUCACCGCCGUCACCAAAGCUGGCAAGUUCGACUACUCCCUUGUCCGGUCCAACCUCGCCCAGCUGGAGGCCCUGUGCAAAGCAUCAUGGGAGCAGCUGAAGAUUGUGGACAAGGCAGAGGGGAAGAGGAGAGGAGGGAAGGUGGAGAAGAGGAGAGGAGGAAACGAGGCCUCGGAGGACUCGCUCCGUCACCGGCUGCCGAGGAUUUUAAAAGAGUGCGAGGAGAGGCUGAAGGUCCUGAGAGCCGUCCACCGCCGGGUCGUCAACAGGUUCCACUCGUUCCUCUUGUUCCUCGGCUACUCCCGAGCCAUGGUGAGGGACACCACGGCGGAGGACUUCUGCAAGACCAUCAGCAACUUUUCUCUGGAGUACAGGACCACGCGGCAGGCCGUCCUCCUGCAGAGGGAGAGGGAACGACUGAGAGGCGGAGCGGGGAGCCCCGGCCCGAACACGAGGAAACGCCAGCCAGCUCCAACACAGGAGGACGAGGAGCAGUGCCGGCUGGAGGACGUGCUGAGAACCAGCGAGUCCAACCUGAGACGGGACGUCACUCUGCCUCGAGCGCGCAGGAGGAUGAAGUGAAAUGAAAUGCAACGGCUGAGCAUAUUCGGUCAUUUAUUCCUCGGGUCCAAUCUCACGGAAAAUGAAAUGGUGACCCCGCUGACGUAUUCUUCUAAAGUCACUGGUUUGAUUUACAUUGUUGUUGUUCUUAUUGUUAUUUAUGAUCUUUGUUAUUAGAAGUGACAUUUUCACAUGCCAUUCCGUUUUCUCGAA